AUGAGAAUCCUGAUUGCACUGAUCGCUAUAUGCUGUCUGGCAUAUGCUGAUGAUAGCUGCACUGGUUGUAAGCUGCCGGACCACUUCUCCAUUCCUUCUGCCGGAGAAGUUCUGUUCACAAAGAAAACUGUCGACAAAUGUGAAGUUCUUGAUGUCACCUGUGAGAAAGUCACCGAGUUCUCUUUAGGGAUUAGAUUGGCUGAAAAUGAAUUCUCAGACAACAACGACAAGCAAGAUACCAUCAACUGUAGAAAUGGGAAAUGGUACUACAAGGGCAAGAAGAAUCCUGUCACGGAAGUUACAUGUCAUUACGUUCUGCACUGA